CACGACGCUAGAGGCGCACACACUUUUGACUCCGAGUGUUUUGAUUUUCCGGCCGCAGCGCAGCAUGAACUUCCUUUUCACAGUGCAGCGGGAGCAAUAUCGGAGUCUGAAGACUUCAGUCUCCCAACCUAAAGGAGAAAAACGAUCACAAAAUGGGCUUCGUCAAGGUUGUUAAGAACAAGGCGUAUUUCAAGAGAUACCAGGUCAAGUUCAGGAGGAGGAGAGAGGGAAAAACUGACUACUUUGCCCGCAAGCGUCUUGUCAUUCAAGACAAGAACAAGUACAACACACCGAAGUACAGGAUCAUCGUUCGACUCUCCAACAGGGAUAUUGUUUGCCAGAUCGCAUAUGCCAAAAUUGAAGGCGACGCGAUCGUCUGCGCUGCUUACUCUCACGAGUUGCCAAAGUAUGGCAUUGCUGUUGGACUGACAAACUAUGCUGCUGCCUACUGCACCGGUUUACUGUGCGCACGCAGGCUGCUGAAUAAGUUUGGUCUGGAUAAGGUCUAUGAAGGCCAGGUUGAGGUGACUGGCGAUGAAUUUAAUGUGGAAAGCAUUGAUGGCCAGCCAGGGGCAUUUACAUGUUACCUGGAUGCUGGACUCGCCAGAACCACCACAGGGAAUAAGGUGUUUGGAGCUCUCAAAGGAGCAGUUGAUGGAGGACUGUCCAUUCCUCACAGCACUAAACGGUUCCCAGGCUAUGACAAUGAAAGCAAGGAGUUCAAUGCGGAGAUGCACCGGAAGCACAUCAUGGGCCAAAAUGUGUCCGAGUACAUGAGCUAUCUGAUGGAGGAGGACGAGGAGCAGUACAAGAAGCAGUUCUCCCGCUUCAUCAAGAAUGGCGUCACACCCGACUCUGUUGAAGAGAUGUACAAAAAGGCCCAUGCUUCCAUACGCGAGAACCCAGUUCAUGAGAAGAAGCCCAAGAGAGAGGUUAAGAAGAAGAGGUGGAACCGUGCCAAGCUGACUCUGGCCCAAAGGAAGGACCGUGUGGCCCAGAAAAAGGCCAGCUUCCUUAGGGCUCAGGAUGCUGCUGCAGAUGACUAAAAAGAUGAAGUGUAAACUGCUCCAAAGAAAGUGUGCACCUUUUCCAAAUAAAUAAUUUGGAAAGAA